AUGGCUUCCUCUUCCACAGCUGACGCUCCCGCGGCGUCUUCGCCGCCCGUCGCCAUCGUCUGUGUCGGAAUGGCAGGAUCUGGAAAGACUACCUUUAUGCGCCGCAUCAAUGCUCACCUCCACCAGAAGGAGACCCCUCCCUAUGUCAUCAACCUCGACCCCGCCGUCCUCUCCGUGCCCUUCGAGUCCAACAUCGACAUCCGCGACUCGGUCAACUACGAGGAGGUCAUGAAGCAGUACAACCUCGGCCCCAACGGCGGAAUCCUAACGUCGCUAAACCUCUUUGCCACAAAGGUUGACCAGAUUGUCAACCUGCUCGAGAAGCGCGCCCAGCCCGAUCCCGAGAAGCCCGAGCGCAAGCCCAUUGACAGGAUUUUGGUUGACACACCCGGCCAGAUCGAGGUGUUUGUCUGGUCGGCCUCUGGAACCAUUCUUCUCGAGUCUCUUGCGUCGUCUUUCCCUACAGUUAUCGCCUACGUUAUUGAUACCCCGCGAACUGCUUCCACUUCGACAUUCAUGUCCAACAUGCUCUACGCCUGCUCCAUUCUCUACAAGACCAAGCUGCCCAUGAUUCUCGUCUUCAACAAGACCGAUGUCAAGGAUGCCGAGUUCGCCAAGGAGUGGAUGACCGACUUUGAAGCCUUCCAGGAGGCGCUGCGACGAGACGAGGAGUCGGAUGCGCUCGGCGGAGUGGAGGGUGGUGGUCACGGAGGAAGCGGAUACAUGGGCAGCCUGCUCAACUCGAUGAGCCUGAUGCUGGAGGAGUUUUACGCACACUUGAGUGUGGUUGGAGUGAGUUCGCGACUGGGUACCGGAGUGGACGAGUUCUUCGAGGCGGUCGAGGAGAAGAAGCAAGAGUUCCUACGUGACUACUUGCCUGAGCUGGAGCGGAGAAGGGCAGAGCGCGACGAGCAAAAGAAGGCAACCCGAGAGAAGGAGCUGGACAAGAUGAUGCAGGGAAUGACGGUUGGCGGACAACCCGCACCCAAGAAGGACGACGACGACGACGUGGACGUUCCGAGCGACGAUGAUGACACAGACUCGGACGACGAGGCCAAGAAGCAGAGCCUCCAGGAGCGAUACCAAGCCGCCAUGGGAGACAACGAAGACUCUAUCAUGGCGGACGCGAGUUUCGCAAAGUACCUCCACACACAGAGGUAA